GACCCUUUGGCUCUGUUUCCUAAGACAGUGUGUUGUCUUUGUAAAAUCAUCCCUUUCUUGGAGGGCUUUGUUCAUUCUACUAUCGACCACACUGCCCUAGUAAUAAGGCGUGUCCAGCACAGCAACGGGGCUACAACAGAGGUGCUACAACGGAGGUGCUACAACGGCCAGGGUGAUAGCAGGGUAGUAGCACGGCGUCUGUCACAGCCCAGGUGGGGUAAAGCUGUUCCUGGGUAGGCACAUGUGUUAUAGAGCGGGAGAAGUGCUACAAACUGCGUGCUACCUCUAAUAAUCCCGUAGCACAUUUGGGUCAAGCCCGGUGGUGUGCCAGCCAGCGAUGGUGAACGCUCGGGUUUGAUCACGUGUUGAUAAUGGCAAAAUUGACCAGCUCAACACGGAUGGUUAUCGGUGGAAUAGCGGCUGCUGGACUUGGACAUGGGGCCUGAUGUUCGGAAAUGGUUCCGGCAUAACUUAGCGGGUGCGUCGACCUCGCCGGGACUGCAGAAUACAUUGACGCGCACGACACGUUCAAGGCAGGGGUCAAAGCUUUUAGCACACCUCAUAAACCAGUGUACUGCCGAUCGAGGAUCUUGCGGCGGCUGUCCGCCCGAGCCGGAAGGGCCAGGAUCAUCGCCAACACUAGAGGGCUACAAAACGGGAGACAUCAAGGCAUGCUCCAUCAGUGAGGUCCUUCAACAUCCAUAUGUGGGAAGACUAUCCACGAAUAUCGUUAUCCAAGGUCCCCUCGGUCCUAGCUUCUUGGUGGUCCCAGAGCAGCUGAGCCUGAUAACGACGAUGGCUCGCACCUCCGUCUGAGGUUCGUAAGCUAGGGUAGCAUCUCUCGCAAGCUUAUCUUUGAGCGUCGUCGCUGGUCCUCUCGGCGGUUUAGUCCCGAAGUCUGCUUGGUUCUCGACCAAGUAGCAGAUAUCCGCAUGCGAAGCAGGCUAUCCUAGCCCCUAUAGCUAGAGUGCCAGAGCUUAGCAGGGUUUAUAUAAGCAAGUAAUUAUCACAUACGACCAU